AGGAAAUAUCACUCGAGCUAGAUUUCCUAUUUUAAUUUGUUAUCGGUCGUUACGGAUGUUUCCUUUUUUGUAAUAACUCUUUACUUUCCAUAAUUAGGCUCGAAGGUGAAUAAUUUAGACCUUAUAAAUAAACCUCUAACCCUCUCAUUGUUUCUCACAAAUCACUCGUUCAUAGUUUGCAGAAAAUUACAACAACAUAUCGAAGAAUUUAUCUUUCUUUAUCAUCACAUCUCUCUUCAAGAUAUGUCGAUUGUGUUAAGACACCGGUUCCUUGUCACAGACCUUUUUGUCGUUCCGUUUCACACAAGACAUGGAAUCGCUUUUCACUACAUCGCUCGUAACUCUGUUUUACAUAUUCAUCAAAAGGUUCCAAUCGCCGCUUUGAAACGCUCACCAAAAGCUCCUCUUAAACCUUCAAAACCCUUGCAAACUAAACCGGGUCCGGUUCAAGCUCUGAGCACGAUCGACACUGUGCUGCCGCUGAAUCAAGAACAAGAACUGCUUGGUGGUUCGAUCACAGUGGGUGCUGCUGCUCCAUCUGAAACUAAACCUGAUGGGGAGCCGUUUAAAGCUCCGAGCACGAUCAAGACUGUGCGAUGGCAGAAACCACAGAAAGAACGGUUUGCUAGUUCUGUCACAAUGUGUGCUGCUCCAUCGCCUAGACACGUGCCGGUUCCAAUGUUCUCUCUUAGAGAUAAUUAAUUAAGGAGUUCAAGGUGUUUAUAUUUGUUAUCUUUGUUACAGUGGAAAAUCUUUCUUUUACU